AUGCAUUUCAAAUCGCACCCAAGGCUGCUCUUCUUCUUACCACUUCUUCUCGCAACGCUAUCGUCCGCAGCAGUUCACAGGAGAGCAGUGACAAAUGAUUUCUCGGAUUAUCCCUCGGGCACGCAACAAUGCCUGGACGAUGCCUCAGACGACUCGCGCUGCAGUGGCAAUACGGUGCCACAAAUGAAUCAGUGUCUCUGCAGUAAUGGCGGGAGUUUCGUCACCAACGCUGCAAAAUGCAUCGCCAAAGAAGACCCUGACGACAUGGAGAGCACUUAUGAGAUCUUGAGUUUGCAUUGCUCCGAUUCCAAUACACCACUCCAGAUCUCCAAGAAGGAAUGGAUGGCACAGCAGUCAAGCGUCUCAACCUCAACAACAGCCACCAGGACCACGAGCAACACGGCUACGAAAAGCACCAUGACCACGACCAGCGCGGGGCAUACCACCACUGCGACAACAACAACCACGCCAACGGCGACGUCGACCCCGGCUCCAGAAGACGGUGACACUGGACGUUCGGGUGGCGCAAGGAUCGCGGUCAUCGCUGGGUCAGCUGUGGGGGGAGCCGCCGUCCUUGCCGCUGCAGUCUUUAUCUUCUGUCGCUACCGAAAACGCAGGAGUGGCGCCGCUUAUGAGGAGGUACACGCCAUGGGCGCACAGUCACCGUACAAUCGGAUCAGCAAGGCAUCUGCACCUUUUGGAAGCCCCGAUUUAGGCGGACACCAGAGCUACCAGUCAACGAUGGCGUCAGAUCUGGGGAGUGCGUCUGACCCUCGCCGAAGCUGGCACCCCUCACCUGAUGGCCAAUCGGUUCCGUGGUCGCCAGGCGCAUUCGAAGCCGUCAAACAGAACCCAGGGUUUGGAAAUUUAUACCAACCUCCACCGGAUAUCCAUGAGAUGUCGGCAGAUGGCGAGAGGCCAGUCUCUAUGUCGCCGUCCGCUCCGGUCGAGAUGCCGGCGAUAAGUGUGACCUCGCCUACAGUCUCACCAACGUCCAGAUACUCUGGGGCGGAUUGGGACUCCCAAUUGCCUCAGAUGCCCCAGGAGCCGAGACGUUACGAGCCGUAUCGCCCAGCACGGUGA